AUGGCCAACGCGACUAAGCUAGCGGUCCUGAUCGACGCAGACAACGCGCCCCCGACCAAGGUCGAUCUGUUACUUGCCGAAGUUUCCAAGUAUGGCACCGCUCACGUCAAACGGGCGUACGGCGAUUGGACGGGCCAGGGCUUGACCAAGUGGAAGGACAAUUUGCUUCGUCACUCCAUUCAGCCCAUCCAGCAGUUUGCCUACACCCAAGGCAAGAACGCGACUGAUUCUGCCAUGAUCAUUGAUGCCAUGGAUCUUCUCUACACCAACCGCUUGGACGGCUUCUGCAUUGUUUCUAGUGACAGCGACUUCACCCGUCUGGCCUCCCGUAUCCGGGAGUCUGGCCUGACCGUGUUCGGCUUCGGUGAGAAGAAAACGCCACAGCCGUUUGUCUCUGCGUGCGACAAGUUUAUAUACUUUGAGAUCUUGAACAAGGAUGAAGUAGUACACAGCCCGACUGCGACCUCGAAACGCCCGAGAGGCAGGUACGAGGAAAGUGAAAAAAUGGUAGACGACUCGGACCCGGAUCCUCCUGAAGUUUCUAGAAACAAGAUGUUGUUGAAUACUCUAGGAGAUGCCGUUCGGGCAACUUCAGACGAUAAUGGAUGGGCGAACUUGGCCAAAGUCGGCUCUUUCGUUACUAGACAGAAGCCGGACUUUGAUUCUCGCAAUUUUGGUUAUGACAAGCUGAUUCAUCUUGUCGUUGCUACGAAAGGGUUCGAGACUGAAGUCCGUAGCCCUGGACCACAUAAGCCACCGGUCGUCUAUAUACGCAGCCUGACUUAA